GAAUGAUCACCAGUUAUUGUAAGAAAAUUCUAGAUAUCAUUCUCAGAUUAAUGGUUGCUGUUGUUGAGAAUAAUGUUCAGCCUGUUACUGUGUGCACACAAUUGACACUUUGUACAAGAUAUGUCUAUUAUUGACUUAUUUACAAAACCACCACCAAGUAUCAGCUCAUACAAACCUGGCCAGCUGAACGAUGCUGAAUUGAAACAAUAUUUUGAAGAGGGCUAUGUUCUGGUUAAAAAUUAUUUUACUGAAGAUGAACUGCUUCCUGUUAUAGAAGACUUAAAGUGGUUGAUGGAUAGAGUAGCGAAAAAAUUAUUUCACGCCAGAAAGAUUAAAGAUAUGUACGAGCAGGCAGACUUCUUUAAACGUCCUACCCUUUUAAAUAAAGAUUUUCCUGGCUUUGGUAUACUUCUUCAUAAACGUGAUCACCUGUCAAAGGCCAUCCGAAAUUUGUGGUCUUGCGAAAAACUGUUAAAUUUUGCUGAACAAGUGUUAGGAACUGCUGAUGUAAUGGGACAUCCUACAUGGAAUAUCAGAUGUAAGAUCCCACAUUUUCAGGAAACAGUUGUCCCCUGGCAUCAAGAUCAUGCUUAUUUAAUUGGAGAAGCUGAGAUGUUAAUACCAACAGCCUGGAUUCCUCUGCUCAACACAAAUCGGUCAAACGGAUGCAUGGAGGUUGUUCCAAAUGGUCAUCGCAGUGGAAAAAUAGCUACACACACCUGUUGUGCUGGACCAACAUGGUAUGUUGAUCUGGCAGAGGAGGAAAUAAAAUCACUUGGCGUUGAUGCAAAAGAUGCUGUGCUUUGUGAAGUCCCCUUUGGAGGUGUAUUGUUCAUCAAUAAUUUGAUACCACAUCGGAGUCUUUCCAACACCUCGGAUCGGACUCGAUGGAGCCUUGAUUUAAGAUGGCAUAAAGAAGGUACCAGCAAUUGUUCUGGCGUUGAAAAAUCUGUAAAAAUGCGUCAGGCGGAUAACUCGGUACCUUUUAAGAUUGAUUGGGCAGAUAACAUUGACCAAAUAAUGGAAAGGGAAUAUAAUGGCGAAAGUGUUGAGGAUACCAGAGAGGACGAUUUCGGAACGGUAAUCACUGGACCAUGGAUGAACCGUUGGAAGUUGGUCAGUCACAACAAGCACACAGAAGCGUUCCUAGCAGAGCAACAGAAGAAAAAGACUGGGAAUUAAGUUACUCGAAACGAAGUCAGUGCAUUGUUUUGUUGUAAGCACAUUCUAAAUCAUCUUUUUUGAAUAUCGAAGCAACAGAUAAAGAGCUGACAACAAAGAAUUUGUGUUCGUGUAUUUUUUUGGUUUUUUUUUGAUAAGUUAGCAUUGACAUAUUUUCAUAAACUCUUCAAUGAUGUAAAAUACAAAACGUAUUUUGCUUUUGUUUUUAUAAGUAAACAAGAAGCCCGAUGGCUUGAAGAUUUCCGCCAUCAGCAGAGAUAAGCAAUAUGGCAUUAAAAUAUGUCAUAUAGUGUGAGAUUAUUCAAAAACGCGAUGCAUGUUAUCUGCAACUAAAGUUUAACAAGUUUAAAAACAAAGAAAAAAACAAAGUAAGCCCAGCGUAAAUAUCUUUUGUUCUGAGGA